UCUGGCUUUUCUCCCCCCCAAUUUGGUGAGCUUCCCGGCUUCUUUGGUAGGGCAAGGAGCCCCAGGAGAGAAGGUUUGGCAACCCGGUGGUGGCUACAGUGGAUGGUGAAGAAAUAGUAUGAUUAUUAGGUGUUGCCUUUCUGCCCGUCUUUCUAUGGAAAGGAAAGGGAGUCGCAACGUGGUGGCCUUGAGCAACUUUGACGAACGGGAUACCUUUAGAGAAUCCUGAUCAAACUGCCAUCAUCCUGACAUACUUGAAUCAGACAGGGACAGAGUUCAUUUGCCUCGUCCUUUUUUCACUCCGUCGGCACCCAGCCGUUUCCCACCCCACCCGGCUGCUUUAGCAUCCCACAUCUCGUCUGUGAAAGGGACAAAAUGGUUGGAUUCAAGCCCACCGACGUUCCCCCCACGGCCACGAUUAAGUUUGUGGGAGCUGGAACAGCCGCCUGCAUUGCAGACCUGAUCACCUUCCCCCUGGAUACAGCGAAGGUCCGGUUGCAGAUCCAAGGAGAGAACCGGCGCGCGGCGGUUACGGCCAGAGCAGCUGAGUACAAGGGAGUCUUUGGCACCAUGGCCACGAUGGUGAGGAACGAGGGGCUCAAAAGCCUCUACAGCGGCCUGGUAGCUGGGCUCCAGCGUCAGAUGAGUUUUGCCUCGGUCCGCAUCGGGCUGUACGAUUCGGUGAAGCAGUUCUACACCAAAGGCUCGGAGCAUGCUGGCAUCGGCAGCCGGCUCCUUGCUGGAUGCACCACGGGCGCCAUGGCGGUGGCGGUGGCCCAGCCCACAGAUGUGGUCAAAGUGAGAUUCCAGGCUCAAGCGCGGAUGGAAGGUGGUGGCCGACGGUACCAGGGGACGCUGGACGCUUAUAAGACCAUUGCGAGGGAAGAGGGCUUCAGAGGCCUCUGGAAAGGGACUUCCCCGAAUAUAACUCGGAAUGCGCUUGUGAACUGCACAGAGCUGGUGACCUACGACCUGAUCAAGGACACGCUUCUGACGUACAACCUCAUGACAGAUAACCUCCCGUGCCACUUUAGCUCAGCCUUUGGCGCCGGGUUCUGCACCACCAUCAUCGCCUCCCCUGUCGACGUCGUGAAGACCAGGUACAUGAACUCUGCCCCUGGUCAAUACGGAAGUGCCGUGAAGUGCGCCCUCACCAUGCUCGGAAAGGAGGGACCCCUGGCUUUUUACAAAGGCUUUACGCCUUCGUUUCUACGGCUGGGAUCCUGGAACGUGGUGAUGUUUGUGACCUACGAGCAACUGAAGCGGGCCCUGAUGGCAGCCCGCGGAUCCUUCGAGGCUCCCUUCUGAGCCGACGGAUGGGUGCAUUUUACAGAUCUUGCCCUCUUGGUGCACAGAUCCUUGAUCUGGAUUCAUUCCCCUACUCUCGAGGCAUCCUACCUCUCUGUGGAGCAUAACCCAUAAAGCUUCCUUUCCCCUUCACAUCCCUGUGGCUUCUAGUAUGGGAGGAGCAGGAACUUCCCGCUGUUUGUUUUACUUGUAUGGA